GUGUAUACUAUGUAGUUGAGUUGAGCAUGAAUGUGUGAGUGAUAAAACAAAAUCCAAGGAAGAAACAAGGUCCAAUUUCAGAGAUCGGUAGGAAGGAACAUGAUGGACAACCUUGGCGGCGGUUCUAGUACUCGUAUGAAAGCAAUCGAGGAGCUUCUCAGAGAAGGUCGUGAUUCUGCUACACAGCUCAGGAGUAUCAUCAAUGGGAAUGGUGAAAAUUCUCCUUCAGCACAGAAACUCGUGAAGGAGGUGUUCAUGUCCUUCCACAACUCCCUCUUGCUCUUGAACAACAACCCCACUUCUGAAUUUCACGAUGCCUCCAAUGUUCAACUUUGGGACUCUCCCAAACUCGAGGACUCUCCAGAGAGCAAUUGCAAGAACUCCACGGUUAAAGCACGAAGAGGGUGUUACAAGAGAAGAAGAACUGAACAAACAAGAGAGAAGGAGUCCGAAGCUCCAAUCGAUGAUGGCCACCAAUGGAGGAAGUAUGGUCAAAAGGAGAUUCUCAAUGCCAAAUUCCCAAGGAGCUACUUUAGGUGCACUCACAGAGACCAGGGUUGCCAAGCGACAAAGCAGGUGCAAAGAGUUCAGGAGGAUCCAAUCUUGUACAAGACAAUCUACUACGGUGAACACAGUUGCAAGAACAUGGGAAACCCCGAGAUCAUACUCGACAUGUCUCCUUCAUCUUCUUCCAAGUUUCUUAGCUUCAACAAUUCCUUCUCUACUCUAUCAAAACAAGAGUGUGCCUUUCUCUCAUCUUCUUUCCCUUCAUCUGUCAAAAGGGAGUGCAAAGAGGAGAUUCCACCCUCAACUUCCUCCAAUGAUUACCUCAUCUCUUCUGACCUCACCUUUGAUGAUGCUUCACCAAGACAUGUCACUCUAUCAUCUUCAACACCUGACUCUGAGUACAAGGCUGUCGACUUUCCAGAUCUCUUUGAUGAUGUCUUUCAAGACUUCCUUGAAUUUAGAUAGUUUCCCACUUUCUUCCUAUUUUAAGUUUUAUUUUAACCUAUAUGCAAAAACAAACUGUGUAAUAUAUAUAGUAGUUUUCUUAGAAAUUGGUAGUAGUACUCAUCUUUUAUUCUCAAUAUUAAUGAGAAAAAAAAAAAAACAAUGUUGUUUUGACUGGUUCAGCCAACAAAAGUUAAUUUAAUUAAUAAUGAAGUGGUUGUCUCUUAUUUUGUAUGAAAAUAAUGAGUAAUUUGAAGUCUAGUUUGUUUGUAAGAAGAUAAUGGUUUGUAGUUAUAUUUAUGUGGAUAAAUGAAAAGUGAGAUGAAAUUAGGAGCAUGCAGAAGCAAUGAAUAGAUGGUUGGGGUCACUUGGAAAAAGGUUAAGGGUAGGUUCAAUGCAUGAAUGAUUUUGGAAUAGGGGAUAUAUAAAGGCAACCAUAAAAAGGUGAUAGAGAUGGCA